AAGAGCACGUCAAACAAGCACAGGUACAAUUGGUUAUAAUAAUAAUAGUUGUUUUCAUUAAACCAAUCGUGUUCUCGUGAUAAAAGUGAGUCCCCACAGACUCACAGUUUACGAUUUGGUGUACCAGAUCACGUUAGGCUCACCAAUGAAGAUGGCAAACGUAUUCAGUGUCUGACAACGCUUUUACCAGUAACACCUUCUAAUAUAACUCGUACCCACCAAGAGAAAUCAAAAGACAGAAUGAAGGAGAUCAGAAGUUGUAUUUGACGAUUGCCAAUACAUCGGAAUUGUCUGAUCUAGUCUGGCUAGCGAUUGCAGUAGAUGUUGAACACGGCGUUCCCACACGUGAUCUGGUGCUGAUGCGUGACCGAGCGCCUUCAGCUAGGUGAGUCCAUUAAAACAUGUGGUCAGCAUCUAAUGUCGAAAACUUACAGAGCUAUUUAUUUUGAGGAUUUAUUUACAGCUGAAAUGUAUUUGGAUUGUAACGUUCAUGUAGUUAAACAACAGUUAAAACCUAUGAGAUUAUUUUGGUAUAAUGAAAUCUGAAACUUUUCAGGUUUUAUCAACUACUUAUUAAUCGGAUCUAAGACCAGUCAUUCGAGACUGAACUAUUGAAUCUGUUUUAACUAAUUUACAUAUAGGUUACUAUAGCCUCAGUGUUUAUUAAAAUAUUAAAACUAAUGCCUAUUUCUAAUAAUCCUCAUUAUUGUCAUGAGCAAAUCCAAAUACCUCCAGCUCUUCCAGACAUUUUAAAGCAAUUCACCAAAGCAGCUAUCAGAACGCAACCUAAAGACGUUCUCAAGUGGUCUUAUGCAUAUUUUAAAGCGAUAGCACAAAGUGAAAUACCACCAGUUAAAGAAAGACUUGAGCUUCCAAUAAGUACACAAAAAACAGACACAGGUUUAACACCAGGAAUUUUAAGAAUUUUAAAUAACCAGCUUGCGUCAUUGAAAAUCGUAUCGUUAUCUGUCAUUGAAGAAAAAUGGAAAGAUUUGUCGCUACCGGUUGAACGAUUCCAAGAAAUUUGUCGCAUAGGAAAUUUCGCAAAUACCUGUGAAUGGAGGUGGUUUUUAGCACUUGCUGCUUCUGAUUUAUGUGCCGUAAGUCUUUUUACUUUAUCUCAUACAGAGUUUACCAUAAUUUUUGUCUUAGUUAAUCCACUUUCUUUAUCAUUACUGAUUUAUCCCUAAAAGAUUUUUCGACUUGUUAAAAAGACCAAAGAAUCUUGUUUAAUUAUUAAGACAUUUUAAUUUAUCACUGAUUACACCUCACUACGUACCUUGAAUAAGUCGUAAUAACGUUUAGUUACAUGUUAGCUAAUCAAUCAUCGCAUAAAAUAGAAAACAAUAUAUUCAGCACUCCUCAACCAGCUAUCAGCUUAGAAGUAGACUUUAAGAUUCCAAGCAAACCAUCACUGGUCGGCACAUGUAUAUCUGUCAAUUCUGAUAUCAUCUCUGUAGGAAACUAGCCUUACAUUGACAUAAAACUAAUGAUACAAGCGUAUUAUAGCAGCUUCACUACAUAUCAAUAGUUUAUUUCUUCGUAAUAAGUGCUAGACAAAAUAAUUUCAGAACACUUCUUUUCCUUCACUUAGAUUUAGAAUUAGUUUCUUGGAUGGUACAGAUUUACUGGAUCCUUAAUAUAGAAAUAAAAGACACUUUUAUGUUCAUAUAACUGAGCACUAAACUGAAACCGAGGCAUAUUUUAAAAAUUAUCCAGUUAAUAUAACUCGCGUAUGACUGCAUAGAUACCAUUUUUCAACUUCUACGAUUGUAUUAAUUAAUCAACAACUAAUAACUUAUUUUAUACUUUCUAGCAUAUAGUUCUGAAUCUAGUUAGCUGACUUAAUUUGCAACGUGGAAGCUAAGCUAGCCAUCUCAAGGAGCUUAAUAACAAUGCAAUAGACUCAAAUGUAUUCUCUAUGAACAAUCUCUUUUUGGUUGUACAUAUGUGAUGUGAGCUACUUAUCUCCACAUAAGUAGUAUAUAACGAUGGUCAGGAAGAGAGUGUAUUUCAGUAGAAGAUGGAGAAGGAAAGGAUUGGAACUGAAAAUGCUAGAACAAUGAAAUCUGAGACGAUGGACUAGUAUUUGCAAAGGGAACAUUCGAGUUUGAGACAAUUAAUUAAUAUUUUGCAAAUUAAGUAUUCACUGUAUGGUUCUCAGAUUUUAAUGGGAUGUUCUGUAAUUUAUGUUCAAAUACAUUCGAUUGUCCCCACUUGUGCUCUUGUCCACUACACAUAUACUUCGCUCUUACGUAUCAACAAUUUUUCUCAAUUUCAAUGAAUCUAUCUUUAUUAUUGUAUUAGAUUCAUUAUUUGGACAUUAUCAGAAACUUUGAAAUUGAUAUGUGAAAUUUUAACGGCAGAUCCUGAAGGUGGGGCAGCUAGAUUACCAUUUGAGCAAUGGCUAGAAUUCUAUCGUUAUCUUGCGAAAAUCGAUGAUAUACCAGAUGAACAUAUUAAUAAAGUGUUAGCUCAUUUGAGUUUUGAUAUUGCAACUCAAAAUGGUGCGAUUGCACCUCGUAAUUUUAUGCAUAAAAAUUGUCCGAAAUUAAAUCCGAGCGAAGAAGUAAAUUUACAUGCUUUUAUAGAAUCAACGGUUGAAGACUAAUAAUUUCCGCAUCAAUGAAACACCAUGCAUAUGUAUGUACAUCAAUAGGAAGAAUAUUCCAAGUAUUUUGCAUCUACGUUCAACUUAUUUUGUUAGUCUUAUUAGAAAGGUAAACUAAGAUAAAUUGAUGUUGGUUAACACAAAUUCAAUUGUCA